AUGCCGGCCGCAACAGCCCCUGUUUCUCCUUUUACCAUUCCUGACCUAGAAUUAAAGUCGUACUGUGAAGACAGGGACUUCCGAGCCGAAGGGAGGCCCGAGCCUAACAGUCGCUCGCAGGCCUUGAUCUACCAUUUUGAAGACAAAAAGUGGUGGAUCAAAGUAACUUUCAAGGGCGCGGUAUCUUCGUUUCCCCACGAUGUCGAGCCAGAGCAAGUCAAAUCAAAACGCGAACGACGAAAAGAAUUCCAACAAUUUGUCACGCUGAUCGAUUUUCAUUCACUGGCUCUUCUGGAUGACACUGUGACUGAAUUAAUCUUGAGCGAAGACCCGAAAACAACGGAACCUGUCAAUAUACAUCGCGAACCGGAAGAUACCAAUCGGUUUGCAAAGCUCAUCAACAACCUCCGAUUCCAUAUUCGGGAGGACCCAUUGAGAGUGGCUUAUCCGCCAUGUAUUCAAUUCCCGUCUUUUCGAGCAAUCAAUGUCGCAGAAUUGAUAGAGGAGGAUGAAAUCACCGACGGAGUGUUCCGCGUUUUACACAGGGGCGACAGAAUACCAUAUAUUCUCAAGGUAGUCAACCGCCCCCUUUACCAGCCACGCGAUACAGACGUUAUACGAAAAGAACUGGAAAAUCUUGAACAUUUCAGAGGCGUGACAGGGAUCGUUCAGCCAGCUGGUAUUGCGGUAUUCGCCAACCCAUACGCUACCUCACAAAAAUGGGUCCAACAAAUGGUUGUCAGCGGUAUCCUAUUGGAGUACUAUAGCGGUGGCUCCUUACAACGUGUUCUAAACGAACAACGUGUGAGGGAAUUCGGCUGGGAGCGAUGGGCUGUCCAAAUUGGGAAUGCUUUGGGCAUUAUUCACCGCGCAAAGAAAACCCAUAUGGAUUUGAAACCUUCAAAUGUUGUUCUCGACGAUAAUGGCAAUGCGGUCCUCAUUGAUAUUAGCGGCAUCGGUGGAGUAACGCACGGGUGGCGUGCUCCAGAGAUACGGGAUGAAAUAUCACCCUUUGAUCUUCCAUUCCAAACGCGUCGAUUGAAUGGCAUUUGGGCAUUCGGAAAGCUUUUGAUGGAAAUUGCAUCAAACGCCGGGGACAGCCCCUUCGUAGGAACUUUAAAGUGGGUUGCGGAUCAUUUAACUGAAGAAAAUGUUCACAGCCGAUGGACUCUAUCUGAGGGAAUCUCUCAGUUGAAGGGCGAUCCUACCCCGGAGUUCGACCUCGUGGACCUUGUGUAG